AUGACAAGAGGAGCGCCGCCUUUCAAUAGGCGCAUAUCGGCAGACAGCGACUUUAUGAACACUGUCAAUGCCCACUUCAAUGACUACAACUUCAAGGGGAUCCCCUUCCACAGCUUUGUCAACACCAGUGAACUGGACACCAUCAUCAAGGGCAAUGUGAUUUACCUCAAUAGAGCCAUAAUCUUGAAGCCGAUUACUAGAGAAAAGAUUGUGGAGGUCAUGGUUGAGGAAAUUAACGAAAAGGUUGUGCAUGUGCCUCAGUUGCAAGUUGUGGACAAGUACGUUGAGGUCGUAAAGCCAAUUGUAAAGUACAAGGUCAAGGAGAUUAAACGACCAGUCACAGUGGAACGCAUUAAAAAGGUACCAAAGAUUAUCGAGGAGGAAAAGGUGGUUGAGGUGCCAGAGAUUGAGUAUGUGGAAAAGAUUGUGGAUGUGCCUACAAUUGUGGAACGAGAGAAAAUUGUCCAUGUGCCAUUCCCGGUAGUCUGCGAAAGGAGAAUUCCGGUUUUGAAUAUCUCCAGGAAUGAACGAGUCGAAGAGGUGCCAUCAGUGGAUGGAAUGAUGCUCCUCGUUGGCAAUUUGACUGGAGAGGGAGUACAGACUGAAAAUGCAAAGACUGCCAACACUGUGGAAACACCAGUAAAUGGGUCCACCGACAACGAAAAGAGCGAGUACAUGAAAGAUUUCUUGGCAUCCGCCUACGAGUCACGAGUUGUAAAUUACAAUAGCGAUGAAGAAGCUAAUAGGAUGGAGGAGUUUAGUGACUCUUCUGGUUCAUAUGAACAUUCUGUCCAACGCAUCAACAUUGCAUCUAGUCUAGAAAAUGCAGAUUGCGCAGGCAUGGGCGAUUAUUUUGUAGGCCAGAAUGGGUACUAUGGAGAAGAGUAUGAUCCAAACAGAUAUGACAUGGACAAGAGUGAAUAUUUGGAAGCUAGAGAAAAGGAACCCAGGGAAGAAUACUCGGUGGACCCACAGGAAGUUUUGCCUAGCAUGCAAACUAGCGAUUCGAAUGCUGUGGACAUUUUUGAAGCAAAAUUGGCCCAGCCGAAACGACUGCAAAUUAGUCAAGAACUCAAAAGGUAUCUAACCAAUGCGCUCACUAGGAAAAUUUCCCUUUUUGUCGAACUUGAAGCCGAAGCCACCGCAAAGAAUGGGAAUGUUGAAGAUGUAAAGGGUGAUGAUAAUGAUGAAGCUAGUCCAUGA